AUGAACGGUAAAGUGGUUUACUCGGGGCGAGAGCUGAGCUUCACCGUCAAGAAUCUCACUCCUAAUACUGAGUAUACCUUUACGGUGAUCGCUGUGACCAGUGAAGGCAAAUGUGAGAGUGACCCGGUGAAGAAGAAAACUGGAAAGGAUGAAUAUAACGUCCAGUCUACAGCACCAGUCUUCUUCUCUCACCCAACCAAAAACUCCUUAGAAGCAAAGCCAAGCAUUGAAGCCAGGGAGUUCCCUGCAAGCUUUGAUACAUCAAUCUCAAGACCCAUAUCAGCUGCAUCCAGCUCAUGGAGUGGGAAUCACAAAAAGAGGUCAUCUAGAGUUCGUAGUGCGCGGAAACAGAGGGAGUCUCAUCAAUCGAGCACGGAUGAUGCCCGUAAGAAUCGUCACAUCGCCGCUUUGAAGAUGCUGGAGAGAGGUCAGAAAUCAUCUACAGGAGAAGAGUCCUCAGAGUGGUCUGAGGAGGACCAGUGGAAAAGACUUACACACCGGCAGGUUGCUGGUUCAAACCACACCACAGUGAAUCCAAGUAGACAUAGUGAGCCAAAAGAUGAGCCAGAAUUCUUGAGUGUCACCGUAUCUUACAAGGAUUGCAGCGAUGAUGAUGCGCUUCACAGAGAGGGCGCUACUGAGAAAUCUGCUUCGGCGGAAUCAAACGAGAUCAGGAGAAAGCAUAAGGUGUCACGGAAGGAUGUUACGUUUGACGACAAAGUGUUCUCUGAAAAGAGAGACAGGAGAAAGCAGCAUCCCGUUGGUGCACAUGGAGAAGGUUUGCCUAGCGAAGGAAUCCUAGAGCACUUCCCUGCGGACAGCGUGGACAGGAGGGCCCUGAUGCGUCUAUCGAUGUCCAUGAAGAGACAACAGACUGCACUAGGAGUGGAGCAUGAAGGUUUGAAGUAUCCCGGAGACGUCAUGUCAUCGCAUAUGCCUCAGAGGACUGGUCGAUUGCACCAUGCCAGCAAGCAGGAUUCCAACUCGAAGAAGCAGCGCCAGCUUGAGUCUCUGGCCCACGGCAACCGCCUAUCGUUCAACCCUUCCCUUGCCAUGCAAGACCUCAGGUUGCAGGAGAACUCAAAUACCUCAAACAAUCCAACAUCCGGUGCUGGGGAGAACAAAGACUUCACCUUGAUGGCUAAUGGGUGUGUCGUCUACCAAGAGAAACCGGACUCUGCCGAGAAGAAGGAGCAUCCGAUGAGGCGCAAGUCAUCUGUCCAAGAGGACAUCAAUGACGUGGAGAAGCUUCCCGACCAGCUACCUGAUAGGUCUCCCAGGGAGGUCGGAUCACUCAGAGGCUCUUGGAAUGAUGUCGAUAGGUUUGGGUUUAGCGACAGUGAUAACGAUGUCUUUGAUGAAGCGGGCGGGAUGGUCAGUGGAGCACCUAGUCUUCUUGAUGAUAACAAUAACCACAACAGCAAUAGCAGCACCAGAGGAGAUAAAUCACUCUCUGCCAUCAACAAGGGUCUCAAACGGGAUAUCCUCUCCAGGAACCCACUGAUGGAUCACGCCUUGCCAUCACGUAGCAUCUUAGCUGACCAUGGCUCCUUCUAUCAGAGAACCAACACCUUCAUCUCAAGCCAUCGGCCCACCCUCAAGAAGAAUCUAGCAAGACUAGUAGCCCCUGGCCCCCACAACAUGCCCCCUCCGGCCAGCGCUCAGACAUCGACCUAUGACCCCGAGUUCCCUAGCAACAAGAAGUCUGGGGGCGGGGCCAAUAGUUACCAGUUCAUCCCCACCCAAUUCCGCACCCAGCCCGUCAAUCUACCCACCCCUCUCCUUCCCAGGGGAAACACGCUUGCCAGCUUACAAGACAGAAUCUUACCGGCCAAUCUAAGGCUCGCACGCUGUUAUACUAGUCCAGAAAUUGAUCGUGCCUUUGUACGGAAGCUUGAGGCCCUUUCACAUUUGUCAUCAUCUCCAGGUGCUAAAUCAGUUCCAUUCUGCAAUGACUGUGGUAAAGAAUCAGACCCCAAGCCCGUCUCCCUCCGUUAUUCACACAAACAUGAAUCACAUGCCCUCCAUGGCCCCAGAUUAAGGAGCGGUCAUUCAGGGAUGAUGUCACCCCCUGUUGCUAGGUGACACCAUCGCUCCUUCCUCCAAGACCACACCCAUCAUCAUUAGAGAACCAUCUUCUAGAGGAACAUUUUAAUACGGCACAUAAUCUACCGGAUUAUCAGCAUUGUAAUGGUAUCCCAACGUGUUACUAGGUAAACAAAAUUAUUAUCCCCUCUAAAGAUUAUUUUACUUGUUUCCUAGCUACCUAACAAUGAAAUUUAACAGUUCCAAGAUUUUGCCUGCUUUUGUAUGAUUUCUGUUGAAAUUUAGAACAGUCAUAUAGACAGUGUCAUUGGUUUGCAGUAUAUGAAAAUGAAACUGAAUCAGAGAAAUGUGAUAUUUCUCACACAGAUAAUGAUGAUUUAAAAUGAUCUUCUUCCUCAAAAUCACUGUUUUGGCAAUUUAAAAAGAGAAUAAAUUUAGAACAAAAUUACCAUGGUAUUUCAAUGAUGCAUUAGGUUCCUGAGUAAUUCAGUGUUCUAUUUGCAUUGAUAUUUUGAAAAUUUGUAUUUUAAUGUACUUCAAUUUUAGUUGUGAUAGGAUAUUCUAGAUACUCAUUUUGAAAGGAAGUUUGGAAAAGACUUCCGGGUACCUUAAUUUUGUUUUUUUAAAUAUACUGUCAUAGCUUUUGUGAGUUGAUGUCACUGUAGUGGUUUGGUUUUCAGGUAGUGUUCUUCAAAAGCAGAAGCUUUCAAGAGAAUUAAUCUUUGGCAAGUUUCGUGAAUGGUCCAGAAUUGCUAAAAGUUUAUUGUCGCUAGAACACAACAUUGGAACUUGCAGGAUGUAAGUUUCUCGGGCAAGCAUAAACAAUUCAUGAUGGUUUGUGGUUUUAUAUAGUAUACAAAUGAUGCAUGCGAAUAAGUUCAUUAUACGAUCUAUCCGCACUUGAGUCAAGGCUGUGCGCAUCUAUCGUACAAAUUAAGCCAUCAGGCUGAGUACAUGAGGUGCAUAAAAGCCUCAACAAGAGCUGAUAGAUCCUGUAACCAACGAACGAAACGUGCAUCAUUCAAAGUUUGUUUUAUACAUUGUACAAUGAAACUCCUAGAUCCUCUUUUAUUUGAUGUAAAAAUAAUUAAUUUCAAGAUUGUUUUGGGUCACCGCUGACAAAUAAACCCCAAGUUUAAUAGGCUUUAAUACUCUAACGUGUACACAGAGAUAGGCGCACUUGCCUCUUCACACGUAAUAAUUUGAUUAGGAUCUAGGAGUGAGUUGUAAAAUAUAUUCUAUGUAUAUGUCCUCAGGGAGCACAAUUUAUUUCUAAGUAUAAGUAUUAAAGAUAAGAACAUUCCAGGGUU